AAAAAAUUGUUUUAAAUUUUGUUCGAAAAUUCGAUGUACAUGGAAACAGUACCAAAAUAUCAAUAUCUCAAAAUUUUAAAAAUAGCCAAAACUUUGGAAAGCCAUCUAAGGGCUCUUACUGCGUAUAAUAUUAAAUUGUUGGAAAAUAAUGAGUCAAAUUCACAUCAUGCAUCAUCAUGCCCUCACCAAGAAGAAUCUUGCGCCAGUGACUCUGGCCUUAGUAUUGAAAAGCCGGAUUUAAAUAACUUGAGCCUCGUUUUGAAAGAGGCUUCUAGUAUCAUCGAUGAAAGCCUGUACCAAUUUUCUAAUGCAUCAGUUUCCCGCGAGGACUCAAAGUCUCUUUCAAACCUGGAGUUCCUACCCGACUUAGGGUCUUCGACACCUGUUCGCGUUACGGAUGACGAUGCAGAUGCCGUCAUCCAAAAAGUAGACGAAGUUUUUAAAGAAUUAUAUACCAGCUAUUUUACCAGCGAAGAGAACUAUAAUCCAGAAUAACCCUUCCACUACCCCCUCUUUACAUUU